UAUGGUGUGUAACGUCAUUAUAUCAUUGUGUUUUGCUAUUGUAUCCAAACUGAGACUUCUUUGUGCUGGUGUCUUUACAAAAAUGGCUUGAUCCACACCAGACCACCACGGAAAAUGGCGACUGUGAAAUAGAUGGAAGACGAAAGUCAUGGCAGCAGAAAUGUCAUGUCUGACAGGUGUUGAUGCAGAGGACAAGGAUGCUGACCCCGAGAUCAAUGCUCUCAUGCUCAUGCAAGAGCCGCUGAGAAUGACCUCCUGCACAGAUGCCUUCAGCAAGUCUUUGGGCCAGCCAAACAGUGUCCUAGAUGUUCUCUCCAGUGAAGAUAUGUUAUCCCCUGUUGGUUUGGGGAAUGGACCUUCUGUACAUCAGCCAACUGAGGCCCAUGAACUCAACAGCUUCUCCAAUGAUAAGGAGGAGGAAAAGAACAUCACGCCACUUAAAACAGUGCAAGAAAUUGGUGGGAUGUGGGAUUUUGAUAUAGACUCUCCUGAAGAUUCCUCAGAUAACUUUAAUAGUCCUAGUAAUAUUCCUUGGGAUUCUCAAAAAGAGCUUAUGCAAUUUUUGUGGGACAGCCAUGGAGACUCUCCAGGCGAAGAACCUAAAGAGGAGGCCACUCCCCCUGAUAUCCCAAAGAGACGGAAACGGAAAAUGGACAUGGUUGUAAUGGUAGACCCAUCUGAAGAGCUGUUUCCAUCAGAAGACCAAGAAGAUGAAAUUCCAGUCAUAAAAGUCUGCAAACCGAGGAUGUCUCCAUCAAGGAUGUCGCCCACCAGAAAUGUUACCAAGUAUACUAAUGGCACAACAAAGCCCAUCAAACAUAUUCUUUAUAGUACGGCAACAAGUAAUUCAAAGCAGAACAGUAUAAAUCAUGAGCUCUCACCAUUAAAAAGUCAAUUCACAAUAAACUCAUAUUCAGAGAAGCCUCAAGAAUACACUUGCACAAAAUGCAAAAUAGUUUUUAAGAAACAGAACCUGUUGGAUUAUCAUAUGAAGUCGCAUACACAGCAGUUGAAGCCUUAUGUUUGUAAAGAAUGUGGCAAGUCUUUUAAAAAGAGCGGAUUUCUUAUUGAGCACAUGUCAGUACAUAAACCCAAGACUGUAGAUAAAAAAAGUAGCACCCCUCAGUGGCUUUACUGCCCCCAGUGUUCAUUUGGAACCACGUGCCCCAAUAAAUUUGUACACCAUGCAAAAACACACCAGAAAGAUAAAAGAAAAAUAGUGCUAAAAUGUGAAAAAUGUCAAUUCAAGACUGAAGAUGAGUCUGACUUUAGGAAGCAUACUGUCAUGCGGCAUAGCGUUCCUAUGCCAAAAAAGCAUGAAGAGAAAUCCUCAUUUACUUGUAACAUUUGUAGUUCAUAUAAAACAUUUAGCAAACUUGUUUUCACAAAGCAUUUACUGCGACGCCACGAUCAAUCUCUGGAAGUCUAUGAAGCAAAAUACGGUUGUCUUACAUACACACAAAAAACCCUGACUGUACCCACUUCAAAAACUCACUUGAGAAAUGCACAGUUUCCAUCUAAAAUAUCCAUUGGAAGCCAAAAUUCCACUAAAGUGUUGUCGCACGAUUCCAACAACAUUUCAGAUUUAUUUAAAAAUGACAAGGUUAGGAGAGGUCCAGGGCUAUUUCAAAUAGAAUCAAAGCUUGACAAAUCUAUCAAUGAACUUUUUUCUCGUCAAAAGAAAGGACCAGCGCCCAUCGAUCAAAAGAAGGAACCCAAUCGCAAUACCGGCGACAAAGACCCUUAUGAGUUGCCUGAGUCACCUUUGUCUGAAAAUGACCAAGUCCAAUCAGAAAGCGAUCUUGAUCCUAGCUAUUCCCCAAGAACUAGAAUAGUAACAAUUAUUCAGAACAAAACCUACUCCAAACGCAAAACUGCCACUCCAAUUCACAGCACAUCAGAAGACUCAACUCAACCAAAACCGUCAAGUCCCAAUGGUAUGGAGGGAAAUGAGGACGAAUUUGAGAAAAGGGACUUGUCGCCAUUUAGGGAUAUCGACAACAACCACGUAGACAUCUUCAAACGACAAAAGCAAAUCAUUUACACAUACAGUAGAAGAAUGUCUAUGAGGGGAGCCCUGCAGGCAUCGAAAAAGUUAUAUGAGAAAAUAAAAAGUGAGGAACAAGACCAGAGCGAUGUUGAAAUUAAAGACGAGGACACAGAUGAAGAUUUAGUGAUUGAAAAAGAAACUGUCCAACCGCAAAACACCACUGAAGAGUUGCCAGAUAUCGAUCUCAACCGCAAGAAUUGUCCAUACUGUCCUGCUGUUUUCGAGUCAGGUGUGGGACUGUCCAAUCAUGUACGAGGACAUCUUCAUAGAAUUGGACUGAACUACAAGGCUCGUCACAAAGUGUCAGCUGAAGAGGUAGCUACCACUGAAGAGAAAUCUCCCAUUGGACCACGAAUAUCAACACUAAUGAAGAAAAGAGAAGAACUGCAGCAGAACACGGACUCUGAGACUGUGAAGUUAGUCCAUUCCUGUCCAUUGUGUGGGGAUUCCUUUGACAACAGGACAGGGCAGGCCAACCACAUCCGAGGCCAUCUCAAAAAGCUCGGGAAAGGCUUGAUAUCCAAACACAGAUCGCCAAUACUUCUACUCCGGGAGCUGAUGCGCGACAAGAAAGAGUACCAGAGGGCACUAGAGAUCAUAGGAAAAAACAACCACGUCCAAUACAACAAAGCAUCGUCCAAACUGUCGGAUUUUCGGACUUUUACACCACGCUUCAUAGACUCUAUGAAAGAGGACUGCUCUGAUGCCAAACCACUCACACCCAAGCUCUCAUUUGAUGAUAUUGUUUCUGAAAAAGGACUGGAGACUAAUUCGGACAUCAAAAACAACUCUGCUUUGAUAGGAAUUCUCAAGAAAAGGAAAUGUCAGGAAGACAGUGAGCAAUAUUCAGGAUCAAGACUUAUAUCAUCACUGCCACAUUCAGUUACAGAGAAAGAUGGAUUCAAAAGAAAGACUUGCAUCCAUUGUAAUGCAUCGUUUCACAGUGGAGUGAGCCUCUCCAACCACCUUCGAGCAUGUGCCAGGCGCAAGAAGAAUGGCCUACCUGAUGGAAAUGCUCUUGAUGGUAAAGUGAGAAGACAACGAAUGAGGCCAGGCCCAAAGAAGAAAAUCUUGCCCCUGCCUCAAACCCCAGAGGAGAUGUACCGACUCACCUGCAGGAUCAGUGCUAGGGACCUUUCCAUUGACAUACAGCCUUUGUGAAAGACGAUGCAGAGGAGCGGGUGGCGUCCCCUGAAAAGGGACAGCUGAAAGGAACAGAAGAUGAAUGAAAGUGACUGCAUGACCGAACAUUUCAUGACAUUGCUUAGACCUCAGUGUAGAGUUAUUAAGUGAUGAUGUCACUUUGGGUCCAACCAGAAAUUUCACAGCUGAUUUCUAGUUUUGUUUUUGUUAUUUAUUCAUCAAACAAGAGACAAUUACCUUUCAAAAGCAUAUGUUUAACCACAAAUUGUCAGAUAUGUAAAUAAUAAGCAUAAUUGUAGUAAUCUAGCAUUACAUUGGGUUACCAGUGUGUAUCUCACUGCCACUCACCGCUAAUGCUAGUUUUGCCUAGCUUAGCUUCUUACCUCAGCCACCCUCAUACACUUUCUCUCACAGCUAUAACUAUAGAUUCAUGCUUAUAACCUUGUUGGCUUUAAACAACUGCAAUUUCUAUUUAACAUGAGAUCGCUUAAAAGAGGAAAUUGUAAACAUGUUCAUUGUUUUCAAUCAGAUGUCAGACCCAAAAGUGACAUCACAUUCAACAACUCUAUAAUGCUGCUGCUGCUGUUCUGAGGGUGAAAUGUUGAAACUCACCCUGUGCUUGUGGUUCUUGUAGGUUCUGUGACUUGGUGUUCCAGGGCCCUCUGUCUGUGCAGGAGGACUGGGUCAAACACUUGCAGAGACACAUUAUGAACACUAGUGUGCCCCAUACCGGCCUGGCCAUGACGGAGGUCAGCUCUGUGCCCAAAGAGCCCUACACCAGGAAGUAUGAGCAAGACAGCAGCACCGGCGCCCCCUGCUGAGGCCACUGGACCUGUGCGCUUAAGACUGUAUGUGUAUGUACAUUGGAUGGUCUUCACUUUUAUUAGAUUAUGAAUUCUGGCCAAAACAAGAUCUUGAACUGCGGCGUCAACUGGACAUAUGUGACAUUUUUUUAAUAAUGCCAAUCUGUUACCAAUCUGUUUUACAUGUUUUUGGGGAGGGGAGGGUUCAUCUGCAACUGAACGACUGUUUUGUUUUAUGCAGUAAAUAUGUAGUGUGGAUCCAUUUUUAACAAGACAACUUUUACCUCAGAUUUUCAUGGACUGUCCAGCACUCUGCUCCGUAUGAAAUUCACAUUUAUAAAGAUGUUAGUGAAUAAAAGCCAAAUCACUGUUUUAGACUGUAAUCUGAAAGGAACUCUGCACAAUGAGAACAAAAACUUGUUACAUUGACUUUAGUAACAGCAUUUUAAUAUAGAUUCAACUCCUAAUACGCACAGACUGCUCUUCAUGUCACAUAUUUAAUGUUUUAAAUAUACCUUUUGGAUAAAUUAAUUUUCAAAUGUACUAUAUCACAAAACAUUUGUGUUGUUCU